GGCCGAAUCCCGAGGGGAGGGGGCGCGGGUGGAGGGCCUGGAGGCGGGAGCUCCCCUCUGCGGCGGGCAGGCGGCACCCCCCGCCCGCCAGCAAGGCGCAGCGCUACCGUGCCCAGGCACCCCUUGGAGCUCGUGCAGGUAUAGGAAGAAUGCAUAUCUUUUCAUCUAUUACUUAAUCCAGUUCUGUGGCCACUCUUGGAUAUUUACAAAUAUGACAGUCAGAUUCUUUUCAUUUGGAAAAGAUUCAAUGGUUGACACUUUUUAUGCUAUUGGACUUGUGAUGCGACUUUGCCAAUCCGUAUCUCUCCUGGAACUGCUGCACAUAUAUGUUGGCAUUGAGUCAAACCAUCUUCUCCCAAGGUUUUUGCAGCUCACAGAAAGAAUAAUCAUCCUUUUUGUGGUGAUCACCAGUCAAGAGGAAGUCCAAGAGAAAUAUGUGGUGUGUGUUUUAUUCAUCUUUUGGAAUCUAUUGGAUAUGGUUAGGUACACUUAUAGCAUGUUAUCAGUCAUAGGAAUAUCCUAUGCUGUCUUGACAUGGCUCAGUCAAACACUAUGGAUGCCAAUUUAUCCUUUGUGUGUUCUUGCUGAAGAGGCAAAGUUGAAGAGGGAAGCAGCUCUGCACAGUAGACAAAAUACUGGACAAAAAGCAACGGCAUCUGAGGCCUUCACUUCAUUAACUCACUGUAUGAAACCAUCUAGUUGCAGGAAAAUAAGCUCAGGGCUCCCACUGAUUCUGCAUUAUGCAUUUGCCAUCUAUCAAUCGCUGCCUUAUUUUGAAUCAUUUGGCACUUAUUCCACCAAGCUGCCCUUUGACUUAUCCAUCUAUUUCCCAUAUGUGCUGAAAAUAUAUCUCAUGAUGCUCUUUAUAGGUAUGUAUUUUACCUACAGUCAUCUAUACUCAGAAAGAAGAGACAUCCUCGGAAUCUUUCCCAUUAAAAAAAAGAAAAUGUGAAGUACAGCAUUCCAGUGUGACACGAGAAAAGACAGGCUGUGGAUUCAGCUGCAGUAAAUACAACACAGGAAGUAUUCUGGUGGAAAAAUACCUUGUAUUUGAUAAAAAUCCAUUACAUGAAAUAACUGCACAUACCCCCAAAACUCUAGACAUAACAGGCUAUGUUUUUCACACAUUGUAUUUUUAAGACAUAUAUAUAUUCUCCAUACCCUGCUUCACCAAAAUUCCUGCUUCAUUUGGAUUUUAUACAAGUUAUACUUACAUUGUAUGAAGUCUGAUUAUUUUCCUGUAAGUUUAAUGAGAAAUAGGAGAUUAGCUGCAAUAGAUUCAAUUAAAUUAAGAAACCAAACUUGAUAACCUAAAUUACAUGUAUUCUUUUUCACUUCCAAGUUCCCAAAUAGAUCUGUAGGAGAAGAGGGAUGGAAAAUACAUUCCACAGUUGCCUAGAAUAACAUAUUUCAUAGACAGAUGUCUGUCUUUAGAUCUAAUAAUACUCACCCCAAACAUUAGAUAUGUUUAGAAAAUUAAAUAUCUUUCCAAGCCCUAUGUCUUAGCUCAGGUUGCUAUAAUAGAACACCAUAAACCGAAUGGCUUAAACAACAGCAAACGCUUCUCACAGUUCUGGAGGCUGGGAAUUCCGCUCAGGAUCAAGGCAUCAGCUAAUGCAGUUUCUGGUGAGGGCCCUCUUCCCAGUUUGCAGAUAGAUGUCCUUCUUUGUCCUCACAUGAGAGAGAGAUCAACUCUCUUAUGUCUCUUAUAAUGGCACUAAUCCCAUUCAUGAGGGCUCUACCCUCAUGAUCUAAUUACCUCCCAAUGGCCCCACCUCCAAAUACCAUCAUAUUGGAGGUUAGGGCUUAACACAUGAAUUUUGGGGGAACACAAAGAUUCACUCCAUAGCAUUCUGUACCUGGCCCUACAAAAUUCAUGUCCUCCUCACAUGCAAAAUACAUACAUUCCAUCUCAACAGCCUCAAAAGUCUUAACUCAUUCCUGCAUCAACUCUAAAGUCCAAAGUCUCAUCUAAAUCAGAUGUGGGUGAGAUUCAAGGUACAAUUCAUCCUGAGGCAAAAUUCCUUUCCAGCUUUGAACUUGUGAAAUGAAAAAAGUUAUGUGCUUCCAAAAUACAAUGGUGGGACACACAAAGGGUGGACAUUCCUAUUCCCAAAGCAAGAAACAGGAAAAAAGGAAGGUGUAAUGGGUCCCCAGCAAGUCCAAAACCUAGCAAGGCAAACACCAUGAGAUCUUCAGUCUUAGUAAUAAUCCUCUUUGGCCUGAUACUCUGGCUUCAGGACCCAAUGAGGCAGAGGUAUUGCCCCCAGGACUAUGUUGGAGGAGGAUGACCCCCAUAUCACCAGGCGGAAGCUGUCAGGCCUGUUGAAACCAAGGCAAUGAAUGACUGCCCCUUUUGAAACUGAGAAGGUACCACUGAUGUUCUCUGAAUCAUUGUUCCGGGUCAGUUUCUCCUUUUCUUGAAGAAUAGUGUACAUUCACAGCUGAAUAGCUCUAUGGUCCCAAAUUCAAGAAGUCCAACAGUCUUCCCUCAUUCUGUCCCAUCUGCAUUCCUUUCAAUACAAACUAGCAGUGUUCCUGCUGGGGUGGCUGAUUAGGUCUGUGGUUCACACUCACAUAAAUCUAAUUGGAUGACUGGUCUGCUACACCCUUAGUGUUCUCUACCAAACGUGUUUUCUUAUCUUUUUGUAAUGCAGACAGACUGAUAAUUUCCCACAUCUUUUAAGUUCUGGUUCCGUUUUUGUUAAGAAUUCUGUCUUCAUUUUUUGUCACAUUUUACUUUAAGCAGUCAAGAUAAACCGAGGCACUCCUUCAACACUGGUUGGAGAUCUCUUCAGUUCAAUGUCUAAUUUCAUGGCUCACAAUUUGACUUUCCACAAAACACUAGAACAUGAACACAGUCAUCCAAGUUCUUUGGCAUAUUAUAACAAAGAUCACCUUUCUUCCAGUUUCCCAUAACAGGUUCCUCAUUUUCAUUUGAGACUUCAUCAGAAUGGCCUUUAUUGUCCAUAUGUCUACCAACAUUAUCUUCAUGGUGAUUUACGUGUUCUCUAUGAAGAUGGAGGCUUUCUCUCCCACCCUCUUCUCUUUGAGCCCUCACCAAAAUCACCUCUAUCAAUCCCUUCAUGGCAAUACUGGCUUUUUCUAGCAAAAAAACUAGUACCUCAAAACUCUUCCAGUACUCUUCCAGGUACUCUAGUACCUCAGAACUCUUCCAGCUUCUAGCUAUUAGCUAACGUCAAAGCUGCUUCCACAUCUUUAUAUAUUGGUUAUAGCAUCACCACACUUCUUGGUACUAAUUGCUGUCUUAGCUUGGCUGCUAUAACAAAAUACCAUAAACUGGGUGGCUUAGACAACAAAUAUAUUUCUCACAGUUCUGGAGGCAGGGAAGUCCAAGAUAAAGGUGCUAGACAAUUAAGUUCCUGAUGAGGUUCCAAGGUGCUAGCUGAUUCUUCUUCAUGGUUUGCAGAUGGAUGCCUUCUUGCUAUAUGUUCACAUGGUGGAGGGAGAAACCAUCUCUCCCUUAUUUCUUAUUGUAAAGGUACUAAUCCCAUUUAUGAAGGUUCCAGCUUCAAAUGCCAUCACACUGGAGAUUAGAUUUUCAACAUGUGAAUUUAAUGGGGGACACCAGCAUUCAGUCCCUAGUGCUCUGAUAGAGUAUUCAUUAAUGUCAUGUAUUUGUUAACAUCUUGUAAGUUAUUUGGGCUUUGAUGCCUUAAAAGAAGACCCUGGCCAGGCAUGCUGGCUCAUACCUGUAAUCCUAGCACUAUGAGAGGCUGAGGUGGGCAGAUCAGUUGAGGUCAGGAGUUCAAGACCAGCCUGGCCAACAUGGUGAAACUCCAUUUCUACUAAAAAUACAAAAAUUAGCCAGGCAUGGUGGCGCAUGCCUGUAAUCCCAGCUACACGGGAGGCUGGGGGCAUGAGAAUCACUUGAGCCCAGGAGAUGGAGGUUGCAGUGAGCAGAGAUUGAGCCACUGCACUCCAGCCUGGGUGACACAGUGAGACUCCAUCUCAAAAGAGAAGACCCUAAUGAAAAUAGUAAACCUUUAGCAAAUACACAAAUGAUGCCCCAUUCUGUAUUCUUUUUAAUUUUAAAAAUAAUGACACACACAUACAGGAAGAUAAAAGGUAUAAAAAUAUACUAAGUACUUUUUAAAAAGGAAAAUUCAUGUUUUGGAUUAUUACUGAAUUGUUGCUAAUUACUGUAAUGUAAGUCAUAUGUCCUUACAUAGUUUUGUAAAAUGCUUUCUUUGAAAAUCUAAAAAAAGUGUGAAUAACUGAUAGUCAUUGCUGUAUCAUUGAUGUAUCACUCAAUUUUUGGUAAAGAAUUAUAAAUAUCUUACCUAGAAACUAUGUAAAAAGGUAUUAAAUAUAUUGUGAUGUAAGAAUAGGAUAAUAAAAAUGUAAUUUUAAAAA